GUUUGAAAAAAACAAACAAAAGUGAAGAUGGAGAUAUAAAUAAAAAUAAAAGUUUGCGUCUGUAAAAGAGAAAGCCAAUAAAAAGCAGUAACAAUAAAAGCCAGACAAUGUAAAUAGAGACAAAACGGUAAAUAAGGACAUUUAAUAAAUCAAAUAAAAUGUCGAACUUGGACUUUGAAAGAUAAAAAAGAAAAGCAGUAAACACAAAAAGAAAUAUUUUUUACACGAAAUUAAAUGUUCAAUAUUUUACCCCAAGUGGAAUCCCAAUUAAGCAAAAUAAAAGAACUGUUAAAUACUAAUUUAAACUAAAGCGUUAAAUUUACGCAUUUAAAUUAAUCAAACACAGAAAGUAAAUCCGUCUAAUAUGGUAAAAAACCGCUUGGGAAUUAUAUGAAGCCCUUCCACAGAAGGAUUGCAUCAUCCGUUGAGGGCGUGGCUAAGCAUCAAAUGUAAUGUUCAGCUGCCAAGCAGGAACGUUCAUCACUCAUACAUCAUCUUCAUUACCACUAUCAUCCGAGCCAUCUUCUCCGGACCCAACAACACGAUGUCCACAUCAGCAGCAGGGCUGAAGCCGGCACCCAAAGGAGCCAACGGAGUCAGGACGCCGGAGACCACGGACCACAUCAUAACCAUCAGCACUGCCAGUUUGACGGAGUCGGGCAGCGAGGAGCCCGUCAAGGGAGUAGUCACCCCAGUAAGAGGGCCCCAGAUCCUGGGCAGCGUUGCUAACCAAGAAGCUAUCACCCCGGAAGCACAGCUUAAGGAACCAGGGAAGCACCGCCACCUCUGUCGGCUAUCGCAGCUGGUGAGCUACCAGAACAACAUCGCCGAUGUGCAGCACCGGAAGGGGCGACGCCUCCACGGACUCCAGCUGCCUCUGCAUCCCCUUCAGCUGUUUGGCUGGCUGGUGCUGCUCCUGUUCGGAGUGGCCAGCUACUGGGUGCUCAUCCCGGCCUUCCAUGCGCCCUUCCAGGGACCACUUUACGGUCUGAUCACGGGCCUCUACCUGGUGCACAUCGCCUCGCACCUGACCGCGCUGCUCACAGAUCCGGCGGACAAGGAGCUGCGGCGGGUGCACCGCAACGACCGGAUCGUGCCGGAGUUCGACCGCACGAAGCACAGCCACGUGAUCGAGAACGGGCGGUGCCACCUGUGCAACAUCCGCACCUCUUCGAGCCGCACCAAGCACUGCUCCGUGUGCAACAAGUGCGUGGGCAAGUUCGACCACCACUGCAAGUGGCUGAACCACUGCAUCGGGUCCCGCAACUAUGUGGCCUUUCUGAUGUGCGUGGUCAGCGCGGUGGUGGCCACCCUGGUCAUUGUGGCCGCCGUGGUGGCCCAGAUCGUCUUCUACUACGUCCAGCCGGAGUGGCUGAGCUUCUACUGGUGCCGGAUAGGCGGCCCCGGGGCGGAGACGAGCCACCCGCUGGACGGCGGCGACUACAUAAACAUCACCCUGAGCCUGGGCAACGGCACCAUGAUGCUGAUGGAGCAGCAGCCGGAGGAGGAACGUGCCGAAAGGGCGGACGAGGAGCUGGCCAACUUGACCAUCUCCACACUGCCCACGCUCCUGGAGAACUUCACUGCCCUGAUAGAGGCCAGCACCACGCAGCCGGGGAUCAGCCUCACCAACCUCACGGUCACCCAGCCUGUGGUGGGGGGAAUCGGCGUGAACGAGACCAUUUUCCUGCUCCUCCUGGGAGUCCUGGGACUGCUGGCCGCCGUUAGUGCGGGCCUGCUGCUCCAUCUCUGCUUCUUUCACAUCUACAUCUCGUUCCUGGGCCUGACCACGUACGAGUACAUCAGGAACCACCGGCAGGCGCAGGAGGCCAAGGCGAAGCAGCUGUUGGACGGAGCCCCCAGCCAGGUGGCCAAGAACGGAGGCGUUCACUUCUCGGCUUCCCUGCCCGAGUCGCACAAUCCGUCCAAGUCGUUGCCGGCUGGCCAGCAGCUGUACUGCUGCUCCAGUGCCCCUCAUCCCGGCCAGCAGUCGCCGGAGGCCGUGGGCCAAACGGAGCAAUCGCUGCGACUGCACUGCUGCGCCAGUUCCAGGGAGUUCCACCAGAGCCGGCAGGCCAUCUACGUCUGCUCGCUGCUGGAGGAGGCGGUGCCGCAGGUGCAGGUGGAGCAGGACACGCUCAGCAGCUUCCACUGCUGCUCCAGCUUCGCGGCCAGCUCCGUGCAGCGGCGGGUGAGCGUGGCCAAGGGAUCGCUGAUCUCAGCGGAGCCGCGUCCCCAGCGACCGGCGACCUACCUGCAGUACACGGAGCAGUGCACCCUCUGCACCUUCCGCCUGCGGAGGGGAUCCGGGGCGGCGGGCUCCUCGGGAGCCGUGAGCAGCGCCGGCGGCAGCAGCAGCACCCGCACCCUGACCAGCCAGACCGGGGGAUCCUCCUCCUCGGCGACGGCGGCCGGGAACAUCUCGAAGCACCAACGCUGGCGCAGGAAAUGGAACUGCUGCGCCUCCGUGCCGGACAGUCCCGAUGUGCCCAACGAUCUCCUGGCCGCCCUGACGUUCCGCGAGCGCGAGGAGGCGGCCGCCGCGGCCAAGCUGAACGCCCAGGAGCUGCCCAUCCAGUUCAUCCGCACCCUGAACGGCGGCUUGGACCAGGAGCUGCCCCUGAAGGCAACUGCGACGGCCACGCCCACGCCGCCCAGAAGCUCCCGACUGAGGCACAUGCUGCGCAUGCUGGGACGCUACCGAAGACCCCGCUGUCGCCACGGGACGCACCACGGAGUCGCCGGCAAGGACCACCAGAACCACGGCGGCUCCGCCAUCAAACAGAACCAGAUUCGUCCGCUGCAGCUGCAGGCGGCUGGGCGAGGCUAUGCCGCCUCCACGGCCACGCCCACGCCGCCGGCCAGCUCGCCGAGCAGGAGCUCCCUGGAGAGCAGCGAGCUGACCAGCUGCACCAGCACGAGUCCCUCGUGCGGCCACAAGGAGCUGAUGCUGCUGCCCACGUCCGUGAUCAGGGACGACAGCGUGACCACCUACACGCUGACCCUGCCGCCCGCCCUGCCGCCGCCGACGAGGCGGAAGAUGCACCAGACCAGCCAGGAGCUGGCCGAGCUGGCCGAGACCCUAGGCUUCGCCGGCGGCGGACUGCAGCAGAGCCAGCACAGCCAGACGAACAGCCGCACGCUGCCCAGCUUGGGGAACGUCUAUCGGCGGCAGAGGAGGAAGCACUUCCUGCGGACCCGCUCGCCCACCCUGUCGCCCAUCCACGAGUCCGGCCUCUCGAACCCCACGUCGCCGCAGCCCCUGAGGCACCUCCACCAGAGCGCAGCCACCUCGAACUCCAACCCGGCCAAAGCCACGUCCUCGCCGCUGCUGAGCCGCAACGCGGGAUCCGGACACCCCUCGGCGCUACUGGUCCAGAACCUGUGCAGCCUGGCGGGGGAAACGCUGAGGAAGACCGCCUCGAACAGCUCCCUGCAGAGCCUCAGCUCCAAUUCGAGCAGCACCUAGACGUAGUGUCCGGUGUCUUGGUUUCUGCUUAGUGCUUAGGUUAGGUUAGGAGUUCCGGAAAUCAAUUAAUCCGCAAAUAGGCAUCGAAAGUCAUAACUGGAAUCAAUUAAGCCCGAGGAGGAGUGGGUGGUAGGUGGCGGGCUGUCAGGGCCAGGAAAGGAAAUUGCCUGUGAAGCGAAGCGGUUUCAUGGCCAACUUAAUUACCGCUUUCGAUCGGGGCGUCUUUGUUUGAGUUGGCCAACUGCUUAUUUGAUUUAUUGAGAGUCAGAUGGGAAUAGGUAAUGGGAAACAGGGAAUUUCUUGCAGGACGUUUGGUCAGACGGAAUGUUUUAUGUUUGACGUAUUUUGUUAGCUUAUUAACUAAACAAAUUUAAACUGGUCCAAUCAAUUAGUCAAUGGAAUUGUGAGGGCUAUCCACAAAGGCUCCUUACUCAUAACAAUUUUUCAGAGACUUACUUUGGUUCUUAACUUUUGAUUUAUAGCUCUAGUCUUACUAAGAAAAUCUCAAGUAGAAGCGGUUAUUUCGUUCUGUUAAAGCUUUUCCAGCUGCAUUCUGAAGUGCAAUGUGCUUUGUUUUUGUAAAUCUUCAUUUUAUGCUUGGAUAAAUUGAUAUUUUCCAAGCGUUAUCCUUUGAAGCGCUUUCUUCCCCUUCGUCCGAGGGAAUUUUUGGAUGAAUGCCUGGCAUUUGCUUUGAGCUCCCGUUGCUCCAUCCGGAACUUCGUCGUUGGCAUCGUUAGUCCCUGACUGCAUUUCCCCCAAACUAAACGUGUCUUUGGCAUCCAGUGAAUGACUUUGCAGUUGAAUUGAUAAAAUAUGCAACAGCAUGUCGUGGAGUUUGGGAGUUGGGUGACUUCCCCCCAGAGCUCACUCUUUCUGACGCACCCGCUCCUCGCUGGUAUUGAUUUUCAUUUUGGAAAACGUGUAGCGAAGGCGUCGGGUGAUUACGUAUUGUAUCUGCAGCUGAAUCCCCGCCCGUAUCUGUAUCUGUAUCUGAAUCCGUGAGGCUGUGUAUCCGGCUGCAAAGCAGGGGAAACGGGGACGAGGGCACCACUGCAGCAUGUUGCCAAAUUGUUACGCAAAUGUUUUCAUUCGAUUUAAAUUCAAAUGCAGGGAAGCAGGCCCAACCGACUGCCGAUGGCAAUUGUCAUGGGUUCUAAACUUGAUUUUGACGACUGUCGCUGGGCCCAUUAAAUAUGCCGAGCUGAAUAAUUAAUGCCGCACAAGUCAAGAAAAACAUGACCUGAACGGGGCGGGGAAGGGGAAGUGCGUCAAAUUUGAAAGGCGGCAUUGGAUUGAGCUCACCGCUCAUCCUGCUCGAUUGUCAGACAGACAGCUAUCGGGGAUUGCCCGGCUAAAAGCACGGAUACUAUUCCUAUGCCACAUGGACGGAUAGACAGCCAUAACGACUACGCACAUGACACUCCGGGCUUCAGGUGGUGCCACUGGUUUUUAUCGCCGCCCCCCAGGCAGUCGGCGGUUGGCGUUAUUGAAACUGACAGCGGGAGGAGUCCAUUUUUAACCAGCGGAGGAGCAUGUGGAGCAGGAGUGGGGUUACGAGUGGGAGUGGGAGUGGCCGGUGUAUCAGACAGAUGGAUUGCUGCAAACGAUUCGCUUUGAGUACGCAAACUGUCCGUUGAGUGGCUCGGGCUUGAGUGUGAUUAGAUUUUUUGUGACCAGUCCGAAUCAAUUUAUGGCAACCUGAAUCACAGAAUGCCAACUAGAGGUCGAACGUGUCUUUAAUGGUUUCAGUGGCCUCUAAAAAUACCUUAGUAAAUAUUAAAUAUUAAAAAUAUUAAAGGUCACGUGAAGAGGCAGUACUUAAUGCCACCUAAAAAGCAUAAAUAGAUGAUGGUAUAGAACAACUACUAGACUUCAGGCAACUCAAAACAAAUGUCCAUUAACAAGAAACCAUGAUUAAUUUGCUUUCAAAGUUGGUAAAGCUUCUCACAAACUUUCUGGUUAAAUAGUUAAACAGGAAUCUAGAGUAGAGUUCGUUUGCCACUUUCAACUAUUCCUGCUCUUAAUGGCAUCCCCUAGCUUAUGAGGACAUAAUCCAAAGUUUUCUUGGGUAUCUUGGGCAUUUAAAUAGUUUCACUUUGUUAACUCGUUUAUUAAGUUUGCUUGCUGCUCCAACUGCAUUUAAUAAGAGAUUGAAAACUGAAUUAGUUUUAAUAUUUAACAACGUUGUUGCAAGUCAGCAAAGUCUUGGGACCGUUUUUAAAUGGGUUUAAUAUAAGUUGGUGUGCAAAUAACGCUGAAAACAUUCUUGUCACAUGGCCUGGUUCUUUGACACUUGUUCCGUGUUCCCUUAGCCAACUUUCCAAUUAACUAAUUCAGCUUUCUUGUGCAUUUCGCAAGUAUUUCGGUCACUCUGUCGGCGGAUUGGGGCCAAAAUAAAUGGCAAGUUAAUUAUAGAGACCCCGUUCUUGCCACACACGGCAAAUCAACUCGACUCGACUGCAAAUACGGCUGCCUCACACAGAUAGCCAACACAGCGAUGGGGUUAGAAAGAGACGGGGGAUGGGGGGGAGCGGGACGGGGAGUCAUUGAGCCCGUAUCUGAAAAGACGCGACUUCCGGCGGACUGACAUGCAUUUCUGCAGUUGCCUCGCUUCGAGUUCGGUUCGUUUGCAGUGACAGCGGACAGACGCCUGGUAAAUGACUGAAAAUAACAUAAUGCAACGACUAUAAAUGGAUUUUCAAUGCAGACUUGGCUCCACUGACAGCUGGAGCAACAAUUUCUUGCCUUUCUCAUUUCGCCUCGUUCAUUUCCGCCAGCGAAACCCGCUGCAUACUUUUGAGGGCGCUUCUGCGGCUCACAAUCGGUGUGCAUGUGUGGGUGUGCCUGCGUGUAUGUGUGUUGGUGUGUUUGUGUGUGCGAAAAUGUUUAAUUUGAUGGCACUUGGCGUUAACAUUGGGAGCUGCACCUGCUGCCUGAGAACACACGAACACAGAAGCCGCCGCGCUUCAUUACGUAUCCGACAUGUGCGCCACAUUCAUUAUUCCCUGCGUGUUUUGUUUUAUUACGGAAUUGGAAAACGACAGGGAACUACUCUGAAUACAAAUGCCUUAUAACUAUCUUUAGACUUCUCUCUGGUGGAGAGUUUUAAACUUGUUUCCCAUUGUUUUGUUUUGCAAGUUCGCUUUAUAAAACAUUUUGUUGCUUCUUUUCUGCCCCCAAGAGUUUUUCUUCACUCUUUGCAGACUUUGUGCAGCACAAAAGCUUGCUGAAAUUUGAAUUUUAAAUAGGAAACACCAAAGUGGCUAUCUCUUGCUCUUUUUUCUGCCUCGCGCAAUCUUUUGCAAUGGCAGACUUUUUUCCGGAUUCUCGCCUUUGCUGAGCUGUUGCCGCCCAUGUAUCCGAACUACACACAUUCAUCCGGCUGUCUGGCCAUCCCUUCUGGUCAUUCAGUCACACUCCGAAGGCGUCUGUCCGUGUGCAUGCACCUGAGGUCCCGGAGACACCUGGAGGACUUCGGUUUUUUUCCAGCGCGAAUGCUUUCACUCCGCUGCGGAGGUAUUCAUAUGGAUGUGCAAACGCAGUGCCAACAGAAAUACCGGAUGUGUCUGUGCGUAUUUAUUUGUAUAAAAAUAUAUUCGACUUUAAUUGCAUGUUCGUGUCAUGUUCGCUGGCUCCUGGCUUGUGGCCACGCCCCCGAAAGGGGCUAGGGAGAACUGCCAGGCAACGCCCUCGAUUUUUCAGUUCGAUUCCCGCUUGUGAAGUUUGUUUACGAGACAUAAAGCACAAAUAUUCCAUCUAGAACCGGGCGGGGGCUUCUCCCACUUGACUGACUUUCCCUAUGGCAACAAAUGCAACUCCCUGUUGUUGUUGUCAUGACCACUUGUUGUUGUUGUUGUUGCCCAGGUUAUAUUGCCGUGCAUCAAUUAUAAAACAUUUCUUGUUGCCGUUUCAAUACUGCCUUGACAUGCAAACCGAAAAUGUUUUGCAUUUUUGGCUGGGACACAGUGAAGCACUGGGAUAAACCGUGAGUAAUGAGUUGGUUGAAUUUAAAGCAACCAGUGAGUGACUUUAAUGGCUUUUUCUCGCAGUGUGGCAGCAACGCCUUCUCGAAAAUUUGUCUAAUUUCUCAGGUCGCCUGCAGGAGAGGUUCGCCCACUUGGCUUGGCUCUAUGCAAACGAAUUAUGAUUGAUGGGGCCCGAAUUGGGUGCGAUGUCUCAUCAGUGCAGACAGUUGCCUUCGGCCCAGCUGCUCCACCUCCACCUGCGCUCCGGGUUGUUAUUAGCAGUGGUGGUUGGGUUAACUCCGGACCCCGUUCCACCUGGGCUGGCGACCUGCCGACGUGCCACUCCCCCAAAGGCCCACGCCUUUUGUUUCGACUUGCGCCCUGCAAUGACAUUUUCAGUUGCUUUGCUUUCCUUUUUCGUUGGUUCAACGAACUCCUGCACUCUUUUGUUGAAUUCCCAGUCAGGUGGAAUAUGCGGAGCACAUAGACAUAGGUGGCCGACCCGACCGACCUACCGACCGACGGACCGACCGCCUCGCCUCCUCUGAUUCUGAUAUGCUUUUCAAUUUAGUUAAUGACUUUCCAGAUAGGCCCUUGAACCGAUUUGUGGGCAGAUCUUCCUGUAACUUAGGCUUAAACAAAUUAACAAAGAAAAGUUGAGGAAAAUAACAAUGUGUAUGAGACUGGAAACACGGAGAUAGGAAAAGGAAUGUAAGAAACCGAAUAAAAGAUUGAAGAACGAAACAAUAAUUGUAUUAAUUUAGCCCAGCCAAUCGAAUGUGAAAUGAAAAGCACAAAGCAAAAACAAAUAUAUUUUGAUAAAUUGUGCAGUUAACAAAGUCCAUUACCAACAAAUUUAAAUGAAAACGAAAUAGAAAGAUAUUUACGAGUAAGCGAAAAGUAGAGAGACAUUUAAAGGAAGCAAACCCAAAUAAGUAUGCUACAGAAACGAGUUGAAAUUUAGUGGAUUUGGGGCAAUGCUUUGUACCAUAUAAAAUAAGUAUAAAACUGGUUUAAUCUGAAAUAAAUAAAUGUAACUUUA